AUGGCUCUACAUGGUGAAGUAUCUAUUUUUGUGCACAAGGCGACCACUCUUCCAUCAAAUUUGGCUCGGGACUCCAAUAACGAUGAGGUUAUGCAUGAAAGGAGGACGAUUCAGUCGCUGAUUGACAGUUCCAAAAAGCCUCCCUAUUCGCGAAUCGAUACCAUUCUUACCAACUUUUCCCCAGAAGAAUACGGAAAUACGAAAGAUGUUCCUCGCGAUGUGCAAGCGGUUUUCCAGAUUGCCGGUCAACUGCUUAGUCUCGAUAGCAGCUCAGAUACGACCAGCAUGUCAUGGGUUAUAGCAAAGAACUUCGUCACCAUGCCAAGCACUGUUGAUCCUCGAACACUCCUAAAGCAUCCAUUCCUCAAGUUAAGCCAGAAUUCCUGGUUUCGUUGGAUGCUCAAGGUUCAGUAA